AUGGCAUCUCUUGACGCCACCCCCAGCAACCUCCCAAAAGCAGAAGGCGAUAUCUCCGACUCCUUCGCUUCACUCUCCGGCCGUCCCUCCCAACCCCUACCGAACCGCUUCCGCGAACUCAAACUGCGACUGGUCCAAGGCCACGAGGAUGCCGUCGUGGCAAGCUGGAAGCGGCUGCUUGCGGUGCUGCGGAAGGAAAAUAAUCUCGUGGCGCGGAUGGGGCCGUCUAUCAUUCCCGAAGUGCGCUUCAGUCACUUUGACGAGGAUUUGAAGAAGGCGAAAGGAGAGAUUGAGAAGAGGGGUGUGGCGGUCAUUAGGGGGGUGAUUCCUGAAGAUGAGGCGAGGGCGUAUAAAUUUGAGGUUGAGGAGUAUGUGCGGCAAAAUCCGCAAACGCGAGGAUUUCCCCAAGAAAACCCCCAAGUCUUCGAACUCUACUGGUCCCCCACGCAAACCCGCGCCCGCACCCACCCCAACCUCCUCACCGUCCAACGCGCCCUCAUGACCAACUUCUGGCACACCUCCCCAACAGCAACCACAAACCCUAAACCCAACUCUAGCUCUAGCUCUGGGGGGACCCCAAAAUCCCAAUCCGUCUCCCUCCACACCUCCCUCGCCUACGCAGACCGCCUCCGCAUCCGCCAACCAGGCGACGCCCACUUCGCUCUCGGCCCACACCAAGACGGCGGCAGCGUUGAGAGGUGGGAAGAAUUCGGUUACGGGAACCGUCAUCUCUUCCCGUCUGGUGGCCAUGGAGUGUAUGACGCCGUUUUUCGUGGGGAAUGGGACGCCCCUCUAUCUCAAUCCGGUCAAGAUGGUCAGCGCAAAGGCGGUGGAUACGACCCGUUCAACGCGACAGCACGGGCCAGCGCAGUGACGGAUUUGUAUAAUGGUUUAGGCGCGUGUAGCAUGUUUAGGAUGUUUCAGGGGUGGUUGGCUAUGAGCGAGUCUGGGCCGGGGAGGGGGACGUUGUUGGUUAAUCCGUUGGUCAAGGAGACGGCUGUUUAUGCGUUGUUGAGGCCUUUUUUUAGGGCGAGGAGGGGGUUGCCAGAGGGUGAAGGGAGUGAAAGGGGAUGGGGAAAAGGGGGAUUUUUGGAGGAGGAGAAUUGGGAGUUUACAGGUGGUGAAAAGAUGACGAGUGAUUUGCAGGGUGCGGUGCCGGGGUGUGGCCAGGAGUUUCCGGAAGGAUUGCAUCCGCAUUUGGAGCUGGAGCGGACGAUGGUGCAUGUGCCGGAGGUGAGGCCGGGGGAUUAUGUCGUGUGGCAUUGUGACACCAUCCACGCGGUGGAUCGAAAACACAACGGGACGGGCGACUCCAGCGUCUUGUACAUCCCCGUCUGUCCCACGACCAAAGGAAAUGCCGAGUAUGCCGCUCGUCAGCGGGACGCGUUUUUACGGGGAACGCCAGGCCCAGACUUUCCUGGAGGUGAGGGUGAGUCGAGACAUAUCGGCCGGGCGACGGACGAGUACGUCCAAAAGCAUUGUACCCCAGCCGGUGUCCAGACACUUGCGCUGGAAGAGCUUCCCGUCACCCAGAACGACACAGUUAAUGGAAAGGCGGCGGUUGCUGAGGCGAACCAGAUCCUGGGUUUCUCUUAA